AUGCGCAAAAAUGAAAGUUCGGAGGAAAGGUCUCAACGACUCGAAGCUAAUGCUCAAAGAAAUUCUCAGCAUAGGGCGAAUGAAAAUAAUGACGCAAAGACUCAACGACUCGAAGCUGAUGCUCAGAGACAUGCUCAGCAAAGGGUCAAUGAAAAUAAUGACGCAAAGACUCAACGACUCGAAGCUGAUGCUCAGAGACAUGCUCAGCAAAGGGUCAAUGAAAAUGAUGAUGCAAGGACUCAACGACUCGAAGCUGAUGCUCAGAGACGUGCUCAGCAGAGGGUCAAUGAAAAUGAUGACGCAAUGAAUAAACGACUCGAAGCUGAUGCCCAGAGACAUGCUCAGGGAAGCGCUUUAGCUAUGGCUUCCAUGGGUGCCCCGGGCAAUAGAAAUCCAUUGGAUGUUGUGAACAAUGCUCCUUAUUGCUUGAAGAUUCAUGGGCAAUAUCAUCAUUUGACCACAACGGCAAUGCGCCCAGCGGAUGGGCAAGCUCCGCGUUUUGCGCAGCUUUAUUUUUUAGAUACAGAAGAAGCUAUUAAUCAUAGAAUGAAUAAUAAAGCUAAUCAAAAGUGUGAUCCAGUCUUAAUGAAAGAUUUGUCCUGCUUUAUGAUCCAAAGCAAUGAAUUUGCAAAAACUUUUAAGAUGAUGCGUCAAGUUGAACAAGAUCUUAAUCCGAGAGGCAAUAAAGCCAUAAAUUUAAUGUUGUCCUUUCGAAAUGAUCCUCAACACGAUCAAAGAAGAUACAAUGCUCCACGAGCUAAUGAAAUAGCUGUGGUUUUUCAAAAUGUUGAUGGAUUUAAAGUAACUCAAAUGGAUUAUUAUGCUCACCUGUUGGCACCAAGAGUUGAAUUUAGUCAAUUUAAAAAGGCAGGAAAAUUAAGAUGUCAGUUUAUACUUGAUGCUUAUAUGAAAACUGAAGCAAAUAGGCUUAAUUAUAUUAAAUUAAAUCAACCUCAAUUAAGAGCAGAACUUUAUUCGGGAUUAAUGGAUCACCUAGAUAAUCGAGCACAAAAUGAAGGAAUUAAAGCUGGUAUACCUGUAAUAUUACCAUCUUCAUUUAUGGGCAGUCCAAGAAAUAUGCAAGAAAGAUAUCAAGAUGCCAUGUCUCUGGUUAGAAAGUUUGCUUAUGCAGGUGUGAUUGAAUUUCAAAAAAGAGGACUUCCACAUUUGCAUUUACUUGCAAUGUUGAGUGAUGAAGAUAAGCCCAGACUUCAAGAAGUCAUUGACAUGAUGGUAUGGGCUGAAAUUCCUGAUAAAGAAAGAUAUCCAGAACUUAAUGUAAAAAUUUUGAGGCACAUGAUUCAUGGUCCUUGUGGAGAUCACUCUCAGAGAUAUCCUUGCACUGGGGAUGAUGGAAAAUGUUCAAAAGUACAAGCACAAGAUGGCACAAGGUUAAUUAAAAUAGAUGAAGUUAAUUCAUACCUGGAUGCAAGAUAUGUUAGUGCUCCAGAAGCAAUGUGGAGACUGAACGGAUAUGAUCUGUUCAUGAAGUCUCACACAGUAAUAAGACUGGCAGUUCAUUUGCCUAAUCGCCAAAUGGUUUAUUUCCGAGCGGGAAAUGAAGAACAAGCUGCUCAAAGAGAGCUAACUCGAGAUACCACGUUGACUGCAUGGUUUAAAUUAAAUCAAUCUGAUGAAAAUGCGGUGCAUUUUCUUUACACAGAUAUUCCUUAUCAUUAUAUCUAUGAUAAAAAAGAAACUAAGUGGAAGCUACGCAAAAAGGGUGGUGAUAAAAUAAUUUCAAGACUUUAUACAGAUGCAGCAAUUGCAAAAAAUUUGGUAGAAGCUGAUGAUCUUUGGGAAAAAACGCUGGAAGAAGCAACAGAUUCCAAAAUGCCCGUACAACUUCGAGAGCUAUUUGCCUACAUUUGCAUUUAUGGAACUCCAACAGAUGUACUAACUCUUUGGAAUAAAUAUAAAGAUCACAUGAUUGAGGACUUUGUACACAACAAUGUUGUCAAUCCUGAAAAUAUGGCUUUAAACCAUAUACAAGAAAUUCUGAAAAAUAAUGGAAGUAGCUGUGAGAACUUCCAAUUGCCAAAUCCAAUUCCAGUGAAUAUUUACGUCACAGAAUAUAAUGUAGAUGAAGAAAGAAGACGUGGUGACUAUUUAUUAUCAACAUUAAAUGUUGAACAAAGAUACGUGUACGAUAUAGUUAUGCGAGCGAUUGACAAUGAGAAUGAACCUCAGCGGUUAUUUUAUAUUGACGGGUUUGCAGGAAGUGGAAAAACCUAUCUAUUUAACACAUUUCUGAGUGUUAUUCGAGGAAAAAACGAAAUGGUUAUUCCAUGUGCUUCAACUGGCAUUGCAGCCACACUUCUAAAAGGAGGAAAAACUUAUCAUUCCCUGUUCAAACUUUCAAUACCAAUUGAUGAUGGAGCUAAAUCUAAUAUAAGAGGAAACUCUCAAGCUGCACGAGAACUGAUCUCUGCUAAACUCAUUAUAUGGGAUGAGGUGAGCAUGACGGUUGGGCAUGCCUUAACAGCAGUUGAUAAACUCUUCAAGGAUCUAAUGAAGAAUCCUAGACCAUUUGGAGGAAAAGUUAUUUUAUUUGCAGGAGAUUUCAGACAAAAUCUCCCAGUAGUACCUCAUGCACAUAAAGCAGCCAUAAUUGAGUCAACUGUCAAAUACAAUCCUAUAUGGAGAAAUGUAACUCAGGUUAAAUUACAGCAAAAUAUGAGAACUGCGGAUGAAAAGGAAUUUGCAAAUUGGCUAAUGCAAUUAGGAGAUGGUAAAUUGUCAAGUACAGAUGGAUUACAUCUUGAUACAAUUGAAAUCCCCCAGGAUUUUAUAUCAAAAGAAUCUAUUAUUACUGAGAUUUUUGGUGAUAGAAUCACCAUGGAACAGAUUAGAGAAAAUCCAGAUCGAGCGAUUCUUUGUCCUAAGAAUGAAGAUACUUUCAAAAUUAAUGACGAAAUCCUUCGUUUAAUGGAAGGAGAAGAAAAGGAAUAUCUAUCAAUUGACUCUAUUGUAAGUGAUGAUCCACAAGAGCAAUUGAAUUAUCCGACUGAGUUUUUAAAUUCUAUGACACCUUCUGGAAUGCCAGUUCAUCGACUUAAAAUAAAAGUCAGUGUUACAAUUAUCUUAUUAAGAAAUUUAAAUACUAAGAAAGGACUUUGCAAUGGCACAAGAUUUAUUGUUACAGAUUUGAAACAUAAUCUUAUUUAUGCGGAGGUUCUAACUGGUCCUGCUCGAGGCCAGAUUGUCUUCAUCCCAAAAAUCGAUUUCAUUACAAAUGACUCGGAAGUUCCAUUCAAGCUUAAACGGAGACAGUUUCCUAUUCGAGUAUCAUUUGCUAUGACAAUAAAUAAAUCUCAAGGACAAACUUUACAAAAAGUUGGGAUUUAUCUGCCACAUCCUGUAUUUGCUCAUGGUCAACUCUAUGUGGCAUUUUCUAGAGCAACCAAAAAGGAAAAU